UAAAGAAAUAAAUACAGCCAUAACCUCAAAUUUCUUUGCCUGUCUAUAUUUCAUUAGAUUUUAUCUAUUUAAUUCCAUAUGUUCAGCUUUAUGACAAAAAACAAUUUAAUUGUCUAACUUUAAGUUCAUGAUUCAAAAUGCCUACUAUCGGCGUAAAGCGAGAUGUACUCUUCCAAGCUUUGGGACAAACUUACACUGAUGAUGAAUUUCAAAAUCUCUGCUUCCAGUUUGGUUUGGAGCUAGAUGAAGUGACUACCGAAAAGCAAAUCAUAACAAAAGAGCAAGGCUCGGAGCAAAGCGUCGGAGCAUCGGAGGAAAUAAUUUAUAAAAUUGAUAUUCCUGCCAAUCGAUAUGAUCUAUUAUGCUUAGAAGGUCUAGUGACAGGACUUCUGGUAUUUUUACAAAAAAUACCUUUACCCCGUUACAAAAGCAUUAAUCCAAAAAAUGGGCUUCAAAGAAUUGUUAUGAAAAAAUCAUGUUUGCAAGUGAGAGGUCAUUUGGUUGCUGCGAUUCUGAGAAAUGUAACAUUGACUCAAGAUGCUUACAAUAGUUUCAUCGACCUGCAAGAUAAAUUGCAUCAAAACAUCGGUCGGAAACGAACCCUCGUUUCCAUCGGCACACAUGAUUUGGACACGAUUCAGGGGCCUUUUACUUAUGAUGCAAAACCGCCAGAGGAAAUUUUAUUCAAGCCACUCAAUAUGGAAAAGGAAUAUACAGGAAGUGGUGUUAUGGAAUUGUAUGCUAACCACGCUCAGUUAAAGCAGUACCUUCCAAUCAUAAAGGAUAGUCCACUCUAUCCGGUGAUUUAUGAUAGCAAUGGCAUAGUAUUAUCGUUGCCACCGAUUAUUAACGGCGACCACAGCAAAAUUACUCUCAAUACCAAAAAUAUUUUCAUUGAGUGUACUGCCACGGAUCUUACCAAGGCCAGAGUUACAGUUGACACUUUAGUAUGCGCGUUUAGUCACUACUGUUCUGAAAAAUACACCGCAGAAACUGUGGAAGUGGUUUAUCCAGACAAUCAAACCUUCUAUUACCCCGACUUAAAAUAUCGGACAGAAAAGAUUGAUAGCAAUAAAGCAACGCGAUACGUGGGUGUAAAACAAAGGCCAGAGCAAGUUGCGAAAUUAUUGUCAAAAAUGUAUCUCAAGACGGAGGUUAAGAAAGGUAGCGAAUUAUUGGUUGAGGUUCCACCCACAAGACACGAUGUUAUCCAUCUCUGUGAUAUUUACGAAGAUAUUGCAAUCGCUUAUGGUUACAAUAAAAUAGAGAAGACACUUCCUCGAACAAUAACCAUCGCAAAAGAAUUCCCGCUGAACAAAUUAUCAGAUCAGAUCCGAAAUGAAUUGGCCUACGCUGGAUUCACCGAAGCCCUAACUUUUUCCCUGUGUUCUCGUGACGAUAUUUCGGAAAAAUUGGGCCACAAUAUAAAGAAUAUUCCAGCAGUUCAUAUAUCGAACCCCAAAACGUUAGAAUUUCAGGUAGCGCGAACCACUCUUUUGUCUGGCCUUUUAAAGACCGUGGCUGCAAAUAAAAAGAUGCCCUUGCCGCAUAAAUUAUUCGAAGUUUCGGAUAUUGUGUUGCGUGAUCCUGAAGUGGAAGUUGGAGCUCGAAACGAAAGACACCUUUGUGCUCUCUAUUGCAACAAGUCUGCUGGAUUUGAAAUUAUCCAUGGACUCCUUGACAGAAUGAUGAACCAGUUGGAAAUUCCCUGGAGUGUUAAUAAAGAUAAGAGUGGUUAUCACCUGUGGGCAGCUGACGAUCCAACUUUCUUUCCUCAACGCUGUGCAGAAAUUAUAGCGUAUGGGAAAACUAUUGGAAAGAUGGGUGUUCUUCAUCCGGAUGUUUUAUCCAAAUUCGAACUGAAUCUACCGUGUUCAAUAUUAGAAAUCAAUAUCGAACCUUUCCUGUGAUUUGGUCCUAUGUGCUUUACUUUUACACGUGCUUUGAAAGAUUAUUUAAUUAUUAAAUAAAUUUGACAAUUAAAAGAUUAAA